UCCACCAGUCUUUCAUUUCUCUUUCUUCCUGUCAGUCGCACUCGCACUCGCACCGGGCGGUGUAUAUCUGGAUCGCCCAAUCCCCGCAUCCUCCUCGCGUUGACGCACGCAGCCGCGGCUACCCCAGGACAAGUCAGUGAGUCCGCGUCAGAGCUUCUUCCUUGGCCGUGCUUUCCUUGAUCCCGCUGCUCGUUUCGCUUGAUUCUUCUUUCCUUGGCAAUGCGCGCCCGGGGCCAGGAGAGCACCCCCAUCGCCGGAUCAUCCCCCUCUUAAUUUUCUCAGAGUUCUUCCCUCCUUGCCCUUGAGACGGACCAUGGAAUCGUCCGGAAGCUAUCUUAUCUGACGGGCUUGAUUGAUUGUGAAAUGCUAGUAGUUUUAGGGCCUAAUAAACAGUUCACUGAUUGCUCUUUUGCCACUUGUAUGGUGGUACGUACUUCAUCGUAGAGCACAACAGGAAGACCAAUCCAUUCCUUUUCCCUGUACUAAGAUGCAGCAUCUUUAAUCUCCAUUGUAGUACUGUACUCGAAUUUGACUAGUUAUACAGACCCAAAGGCACCAGCAUCGUCCGUUCGCUUGUUGUCGACUUGUGAUAUUCAGCUAGCUUUGUUUUGAUGCCUCAUUUUGUGCCCUUUCCCUACAUGUUUCCUGCUCCCAUUCCUUGAUUCGAAUCAUCUGUAACCGGACCUUAACUCAUUUUCUGUACUAAGCUGCAGCAGGUAGGACACUACUGAAGAAGGUGAUGCUCACCGUCCACAGUUGCAGCAAAAAACAAAUAGCAUUGAGCGCAACAGCCUGCAUACUGAUGUUCUCCCUGCUCCUCUUCAUUUUUUGUUCACUUCAGACCAUACUCCUCAACAAUAAACCUUUCGUCAUCACCACUGCAUCUUCUAGAUCAUUGCAUGAGAUCGACUCCAAUUCAAAGCCUAUUAACGGGCUUCAAAAAAUUUCAUUGGAGGUUAUUGCUAACCUGAGUGCCAGCAAGGUGGAAACUGGACAGCAGAUGGAAGGCGGCACUCAUAACAUUACCAACGUCACUGAGAAUGCGGCAUCUGGAUGGAGCAUUGUGAAGGAGGAGCUGACAUUUUCAGCUGGAAGUGCCCCUUUCAGUAGCUGCCAUGCUUCCACCAUUGUAGAGAUUGGGAAAGACAACUUUUUGGUGGCUUAUUUUGGUGGAUCCAAGGAAGGUGCUCCGGAUGUCAAAAUCUGGUUGCAGAGAUACAGUGAUGGUCACUGGCAUCCUCCAGAAGUUGCUGAUGAACAAGAUGGGGUGCCCAUGUGGAAUCCUGUACUAUUUCAGCUCCCUUCUCAUGAGCUGCUCCUCUUCUACAAGAUUGGUCAGGAAGUUCAGAAGUGGAGUGGUGCCAUGAAAAGAUCGCUGGAUGGUGGCAUAUCCUGGUCAGAGAGAGAGCAGCUACCGCCUGGUAUUCUUGGCCCUAUUAAGAACAAGAUUUGGCAGGUGCACAGGAUACGUUCUCGGGGAGGAGGGGCGGUGGGGAACCGGCGGGCGACUAGGGUUGCGCCCCCGAGUCGCCCGAGAGCGGACGACGCGGGGGGAGGGCCUUUCCUGCUUGAAGAUGGUCGCCUGCUAUGUGGGUCCUCGGUAGAAAGCUGGAACUCUUGGGGUGCAUGGUUGGAGGUCACAAAAGAUGGUGGCAGGACAUGGCGGAAGCACGGUCCUAUCUCUACUAUUAAAGGGGGAUCGAACGUCGUGAUGGUUCGACCUCGUUCGAUCCCCCUCCCUUUGAACUCCCACACGCACGCAGCAGCCCACCAACAUAGCCCACGUACGAAAAAACACCAACUCAGCGCCCGCAAAAAAAAAUACAACAACUCAGCCCACGUACGAGAUCCACAGUUCAACACACGAACGAUAAGUCCAUGGAACCCCACGAUCGCGCCCAGUCAACAAAAAAACAGCUCUGCAACCCACGAACGAGGACGAGGUCCAUCGACCAAAAAUCAAACUUCUUCGACCCGCCAACGAACGCCAGUUCUUCCUGGCGUACGAGCUCCAUCAAGACGCCAGUUCUUCCUGGCGUACGAGCUCCAUCCACACGCGAAAGCACGCCGCCAAAACAGAAACGCCGCUUCAAUCGUCGUCCGGCCACAUCGUUCGCACGCGAGCUGUGAGAGCUGCAGCCUCUGCUGGUCGCCUCCAAACACAACCUCCGCUCGACGGUUGUUGCUGCGUCAUCUCCUGAGCGCGCCUACCGUCUUCUUUCUCUCCGAUGGCAAAGGAAGUUAUGUUUCAUGGUGCCUGAACUCCCUAGGUUUGCCAUCCUGACCUGUUCAAAACUUCAUAAUGUUAAUACUCAGAUUGCAUCUUUAACUUAUUUGAACAUAUCACUUAUUCCCCAAAGUUGCAAAAUCUAAUCAGUCUAUAAUUCUGCCCAGUAAAUUUUAACACCAUUUGGUAGAUCAUGCAGGAGAAAGAUUGCAAGUGUACAGUGAAGUUAGGCCAUAAUUCUGCCCAGUAAAGUUAGGCCAUAAUUUUGCACAACAGUAAGGCACCCCAUAACUAAACAGAAAUCUCUACUAUUAAAGGGGGAUCGAACGUCGUGAUGGUUCGACCUCGUUCGAUCCCCCUCCCUUCGAACUCCCACACGCACGCAGCAGCCCACCAACAUAGCCCACGUACGAAAAAACACCAACUCAGCGCCCGCAAAAAAAAAUACAACAACUCAGCCCACGUACGAGAUCCACAGUUCAACACACGAACGAUAAGUCCAUGGAACCCCACGAUCGCGCCCAGUCAACA